GGAGUGGAGUUAUCGCCACUUUCGCUGGACGUGGCUCAGCAUGCAGUGGUGGGCCAUAUUCCGCAGAAUUCGAAGCGACCAUGCCAGGCUGUACUUUAACGCCGAGCGCCAUCAUCUCACGGGCCAUCCUAUCAACGACAUAUACAUGAAUUUUCUGCCAAGGGAGCUCGAGCCGCCUCUGAUGGAAACCUUCCAUCCGCUUUGGACGCACCUCAAGCCGAUACGUAUGGAAGGUUCGGAGGCGGAUUCGCCUGCCACGUGAAGAUUGCUGGUGAGUCCGUCGCUUCUUUUGCAGCGCGAAGGCAUGUAGACUCAACGGGAGAUGAAGACCAGUGCGGCGCACAUGAGGACUUUUGCCGCCCACUGCUCAAUCAUCCUUGUAC